GCAGCAGGUGGAUGGGGCCUCUCCUGGGGCUGCGUACCCGCCCCCCAGUGGAUCCCUGGAUUGAGCGGCCCUGCUGGGGGACCCCACGUGGGUGCACCUGACUAUGGAGCAGAAGAGCGCGGCGAGUGGUGCUCCUGGCGGUGACCGGCAUGGCGGCCCCACCACGCCCGCCACCAGACCCCCAGUUUGUCCUGCGAGGCGCCCAGUCGGCGGUGCACGCGCUGCACUUCUGUGAAGGACCCCCGGCGCAGGGGCGCACGCUGCUGUUCUCAGGGUCCCUGCGCGGGCUGGUGCACGCCUGGAGCCUGCAGACGCGGAGGGUGACCGCCACCCUGGAUGGCCAUGGGGGCCAGUGUGUGACCUGGCUGCACACCCUGCCCCAGGGGCCCCAGCUCCUCAGCCAGGGCCGCGACCUGAAGCUGCACGUGUGGGACCUGGCAGAGGGCAGGAACACCGUCGUGAGCUCCGUGUGCCUGGAGAGCGAGGGCUUCUGCAGGGGCUCCGUGCUGGCCGGGGGCGCGCAGCGCUGGAUGCUGGCCGUGCCGGGGAGAGGCAGCGGUGAGGUUCAGAUUCUGGAGAUGCCGUCCAAGACGCCGGUGAGCGCCCUGAGGCCCGCGGCGCAGGCCAGGCCGGGCAUGCUCAUGGGCCUGCAGCUCUGGCAGGCUGACUCCAGCCCUCGCCCACUCCUCCUGGCCGGCUACGAGGACGGCUCGGUGGCCCUGUGGGACGUCGCGUCGCGGAAGCUGUGCAGCCACGUCGCCUGCCACACAGAGCCCGUCAUGGGCCUGGACAUCGACCCCCGGAGGGCCAGGGGCGUCUCGGGCUCCGCAGGGAAGACGCUGGCUGUCUGGAGCCUGGACGAGCAGCGGGCCCUGCAGGUGCGCGGGACCCACACGCUCACCAACCCUGGGAUUGCCGACCUCAAGAUCCGGCCGGAUGGCAGGAUCUUGGCCACUGCGGGCUGGGACCAUCGCAUCCGUGUGUUUCACUGGCGGACGAUGAAGCCACUGGCCGUGCUGGCCUUCCACGGGGCCACCGUGCACUGCGUGGCCUUCGCCGCCGACGGCUUGCUGGCCGCGGGCUCUGGGGAUCAGCGCAUCAGCAUCUGGUCCCUCUACCCGCGCACGUGACGCGCGGCUCCUCGUCGGAACGCUCGGACAGCGGGGAGCUGGUGCGCAGGGACAGAGGCUGUGGGCCACGGGAAGAGCUGGCCGUGCGUGAAGCACCGCCGUCCACGCCAUGUGACUGCCGUUUAAAGCGUAACAGCCAGACACCAGGCACCUGCGGCCCAGACAAGAGACUGACCCGGGCGCCUGACAAUAAACUUGUUUGCAAACCUGCAGGCUUGAGGGUCGCGUCUCGCAGGCAACCCCUGCUUUCUUGGGGUUGGAGCCCAGAGCUGUCCGUCCUCAGAGCCCCACUGGGCAGGGUGGCGGCCCGUCCAGCGGGGACCCCGAGUGUGGUCCUAGGUCCUGGGGUCCUCACCCCGUGGACGGCCAGGAGCUCCUGGGUCACAGGGCCGCGUGGGUGACGGGCGUCUGACGGGAGCACAGCAAGCAGAGGGCACGGUGGGGGUGGCGUGGAGUGAGGCCGAGGGCGGCAGGCGGCCGUCCCAGGGCGGCUUCUGGGUGUAAAGCCCAGCAGCUCCAGCGAGACAGAUGGACAGGGACGGAGCGCGCCGUCGCAGCUGCACACACGGGGCGGCCGCAGGCUCCUCCCACGCGGGCCGAGCCCAGAGCUCGGGGCAGCUCCCCUCAAGGCUGGGCUGUUGAUGGGGAAGGAAGGGGACCCUGAACGUCGGCACGAGGGCUGUGGGCAGAGCCUGACGGAGCCGGGGCCGCAGGUCCCUUCGCUCCACCGGCUUCGUUGCCGGGAGAGCUGUCCACGCCCUCCCUGUGGCCAGCCCCCCACCGGCUGGAGGACCUGGACAGCGUCCCCCGAGGCAGGGGCCCCAGGGGGCCAUCAGGACCGCCCCCUCCACCCUGCGCUUUCUCAUGCCCAGACGGGGUCCCAGCAGGCCCGAGGGUGGGGUCCACGGUGGCUGCGCUCCAGAAGAGCUGCGUGGCUUUCCCAGGCAUCUGGAGGACACGUGUGCGUCCAGGUGGAGGGGUGGCAGCCCACCAGAACAGGCCCUGCCGCAGGGUCUGGCCUCCAGGUCUGGCUCGGGGGCUGAAGGGGCCCGAGGUUUGGCUGGUUGGCUGAAGCAUGGACACGCGUGUGGUUGAAAUGCCAGCGCCGCGUGGGGUGCCAAGAGGGGGGCCCGAGGGCGCUGGGGGGGCUUCGCCAGAGGCCAGCUCUCCCUUCGCAGGCUCCGGAGGACGCGCCUCCCCAAAGCCCCGCGGGGCACCCGCGUCCUUGGAGAGCUCUGUGGUCACUCCUCCGUGAGGGUCAGACGCAGCGGGCGGGGGUCCUGGCCGUGGGGCCUUGUGGUGGACGUGGACAGGGGUCCAGAGCCGCCGGCGCGGGGCGCACCCUGGGCCCGGGGAACGGAGCUGACGGGCAGCUGCGGAGCCUGGCCUGGUCCCCGUGGGCAGAGCAGAGCUUCCAGGUGUCUGACCCCGGCCACCCGGACAGGCUGGCGUGCGCCCCACGGCCCGCCCGGGCGCGCAGCACACUGCCUGCAACGGGCAUGGCUCUCCACCUGGGCCCCCAGGCCCGUGCCCCUGCCCGAGAGGCUGUGCGCCGUCCCAGCUCGGGGACGGGCCUCCUCGUGGGCCCGUUGAACAGAGGUGCUGCCGGUGUCUCCUGGCUCCUCUGGGAGAGGCCACGCGGCCCUCGGGAAUGGGGGCGGGGUCCCACAUGGCAACGUCAGCGAGACAGGCGGCUCCCUUCAGGCUGCGGAGACUUGGACCCCGCGUGCGGGGCACCCUCUGGGCACUGUGGUCUGCUCAGGACCCCACUC